AUGGCCGACGUGCUCCCCAAGAUCAGGGUGACGGACCCACAUACCAAAGAUGCGAGUCCCCUGGAGCGGCAGGACACUGGCAAGCUCUCGACGAAGGGAGAGGGAUCGUUGACGAACGGCAAACUCGCUGCAAAGCUACGAAGCCCCACGUUGCCCACCGCACCAUCGAACGAGUCACCGACGCAGAACGGGAAUGCGGAAGGACGAGUACAGGCUGAGGCGGCUAUUGACCCGCUCUCGCAACAAAUCCUCAAGCGCACGAAUACGUCGAAUGCGAUCCAGAAAUACCGCGGGCAGGCGGCGGAAACUGCCGCUCAAUCGCCUACAUUGCCCAACGAUACGCCUACGGAUACGAAGUACGCGGGGGAGACAACGCGGGAAGUCGGCAGUGUAUCCAAGGCAGACAAAAAUCGCUUCAUCGGCAACAAAAAGAAGGGAAGUCUCGAUGGCGGCGAAGAAGAUGGCUCAGAAGCCGGAGAGCCGCGACCGGAGGGGAUGAACGCCCAGUUGUUCAGUCAUACGGUCGACAAUCUGGGCUUCAGUCCCAAGCAUCUGCAACCGCCGGCGUAUAUCAAAGUGAGAACAAAGUUUAAGAAAGAGAAAGAGUUCAAUCGCGUGUUUUUAGCCCAAGACUUGCGGGCUGGUACGGCCAAGAGGAGACUUUCGAUAUCGUCGAGCUCGGCGACGCCCUCUGGGGCUGCGGCUUCGCAUAAUCCUAUAUGGGCCCUUGAGUUUAGCAAAGAUGGGAAGUAUCUUGCUGCUGGUGGGCAGGCAAGGGUUGUUUGGGUAUGGGCAGUGAUUUCGACCCCGGAGGAAAGGAGAGCGCACGAGAGUGAGGAGACCGAUCCACGCGCGUCAGGCGGCGAGUCGACACAUCUCAGUGCACCAGUCUUCCAGCAAAAGCCGUAUAGGGAAUACUGCGGCCACAACUCGACAAUACUGGAUCUGAGCUGGAGCAAGAACAACUUCUUGCUGUCGUCGUCGAUGGACAAGACCGUCCGAUUAUGGCAUGUCAGCCGCGCCGAGUGUUUGUGCACAUUUAAGCAUACCGACUUCGUCCCAUCUAUACAAUUCCAUCCGAAAGAUGAUCGCUUCUUCCUUGCGGGAUCUUUGGAUACAAAGUUGCGACUAUGGAGUAUCCCGGAUAAGUCCGUCGCCUUUUGGACACAGCUGCCAGAUAUGAUCACCGCCGUAUCAUUUAGCCCAGACGGAAAGACAUGUAUAGCCGGGACGCUAGGUGGACUGUGCAUGUUUUACGAGACCGAAGGGCUCAAAUACCAGACGCAAAUUCACGUCAAGUCGACAAGAGGACAGAAUGCCAAGGGAAGCAAGAUCACUGGGAUACAAGCGACGUACUGGCCACCUGGCAGCGACAGCGGAGAUGUGAAGCUUUUGGUCUCAAGUAACGACUCCAGGAUACGGAUCUACAACUGCAGAGAUAAGAGCCUGGAAAUGAAGUUUAGGGGCCAUGAGAACAACUGUAGUCAGAUCCGUGCCACCUUCGCCGAUGAUACCGGCUACAUCAUUUGCGGGAGCGAGGACCGCAAGGCGUACAUAUGGUCGACUACUACGCCAGAAGGCGAUAGGAGGAAUCAGCGGCCUAUGGAGACGUUCGAAGCUCACAGUUCUAUUACGACAUGCGCUAUAAUGGCUCCACUCAAGACAAGGCAGCUGCUGAGCUCUUCGGAGGAUCCCAUCUUUGACCUGUGCAAUCCUCCGCCGGUAACGUUGGUUUCCCGCGAAGAGUCAGCCAAUGGAUCCAAGGCGCCUACUGAGGCGGGGUCUGCACUGCCUACACCAGCCGAGUCCACCUUUACGAGAGUCGCCGAGAGUCCAGCGUAUCUUGCCAGAUCCGCGCAUCCAGACGGUAAUAUUAUCGUUACGGCCGAUUAUACCGGGUCUAUCAAGGUCUUCCGGCAGGAUUGCGCGUACGCUAAACGAAUGCGUGCCACGGAUAACUGGGAUACCUCGUCCGUCUUUUCCAAGCGGACGGGCCCAAAAAUCGGUCGGCCAAGUAGCAUCCUGUCCCGUACCACCGGACGAACGAGGAGAGACAGCACCUCCACGCAACCUCCCAAUGAGCGUAUCAUGUCCUGGCGGCAAGAGCUGUCACAUGGUAGCUUCGACUCCGUCAGCGCACCCGGCCCCAGAGGAAGUGUUGGCCGCAGCAUGUCACCUCGCAAAUCAGUGAAACGAACUAGCAUCACCUCAAUCCAGCCUUCCUAUUCUCCCGCUCUGGGCCCUACACUUACAACCGACACCAUCAACUCAGGCCCAACCGGCACUCCUAAGACCUCCAUAUCCGUGGACCACACUCCAGCACUGAGCAAGACCGCGUCUGAAGCAUCCACUCCGCCGCGCGGCCGCAAUCCCUCGCAAGCAUCAACCUUCGACCCCGUCAAGCCUGUCGAUGCCAAGCGCCAGGACGGGGCCAAUCCGCUCCACGUCUACAACGGCCAGUCGUGGGCUUUCUGGAAUAACUAUACAUUGCGCGAGCGGACGGUGCAGAGCGGUUCGCUAGGGCCUGCAGAUGGGAAAGAUUUGAGGCCCGAUUUGCUACCGCGGGCGAGCGUUGUGAGCAAAUUGAGCAGCGAGCUAGCGAGCGAGGACGGCGAAGCCGGCGGAAGUGGCGAAGGUGAAGAAGAAGAAAACUGUAGACAGUGCGGUGGGACGGAGUUUAAGGUUAGAGUAAGGGGAUUAGGCGGGAAGGAAGAGAGAGUGCUGGUUUGUGGGAAGUGUGGCGCUGCUGCACGGUAG